AUGGCGCAGCGCGCGCAACCCGUGACGCGCUCAGUCCUUGGGCGGCGAGCCUUCCCCGGUGGUGGCGGGCUUGAGGGCUACUUCCCGAGAGGGGGAGCGCGCGAGCGCAUGGAGAUGGCUAGGCAGAGGCAGAUGUGGCCGGAGACAGCAAGCAGCUGCCAUUGUGGGGAUGGCAGUAGCUGUGUGGACGGGCAGGUGGUAGGGAACUCACUGAGGUGCGUGGCUCCGGGAAGUGGAAUGAAGACAGCCACCCCACCAGUAGUCCCCCGCCUGCAGGUGUCGGGGAAGGCCCCUCUCGGCAGGCUUGGCAUCCGCCGCAGCACGAAAAGGGACCGGAAGUCUAUUACUCUGCAUGUGAAACUGGAGGUGCUGCGGAGGUUUGAGGAAGGCGAGAAACUGACGCAUAUCGCCAGGGCGCUGGGGCUGGCCACUUCCACUGUGGCCUCGAUCCGCGUCAACAAGGACAAGAUCCGGGCCAACUCACAGGCAGCCACUCCGGUCAGUGCCACUCAGCUGACCCGUUGCCGGAGCGUGCUGAUGGGCCACAUGGAGCGUCUGCUGAGCCUGUGGAUCGAGGAGCAGAAGCGACAGAACCUACCCGUCAGCACACUGCUCAUUCAAGACAAGGCUCGCCGGCUGUUUGUGGAGCUACAGCGAGAGCAGGGUGAGGGUGCCCAAGCUGAGACCUUUGGGGCCAGCAAUGGCUGGUUCGCCCGCUUCAAGGCGCGCCACAACGUGCUGCUGACAGAUGAGCCCGCUGUGGCUGAUGCCCAGGCUGCUGCCCGCUAUCCCGAGGUGCUACGCCGCAUCCUGGAGGAAGGCCGUUACACGCCACAGCAGGUCUUCAAUGUAGACGAGACAGGCCUGUUCUGGAAACGGCUGCCGGAGCGCACACUUCUGGCGCUGGAGGAGGCUGUUGGGCCAGGACCCAAGGCGUCCAAGGACCACCUGACCCUGCUUCUAGGUGGCAAUGCGGCUGGUGACUUCAAGCUGAAGCCCCUGUUGGUGUACCCUUCAGAGAACCCACGGGCCCUUAAGGGUUGCUCCAAGGCCAGCCUGCCGGUUGUCUGGCGCUCCAACCGCAAUGACUGGUUGACGCCCAGCAUUUUCCAGGAGUGGUUUACCGACUGCUUCUGCCCGGCUGUUGAAAGCUACUGUGCCCGGCAUGGUCUGCCGCAUCACGCCCUGCUGCUCCUGGACAGCGCGCCUUGUCACCCCUCCCACCUGGACGGCCUUUCAGCCCAUGUGCGUGUUGAGUUCCUGCCCAAAAACACCUCGGCUCUGAUUCAGCCCAUGAACCAGGGGGUCAUCGCUGCCUUCAAGGCCCAUUACCUGCGCCGCACACUCAGCCAGCUGGUGCAGGAGACAGCUGGUGAGGACCGGCCUUCUGUGUGGGAGUUCUGGCGCAGCUAUACCGUCAUGACUGCUGUGGACAACAUCGCUGAGGCCUGGGCAGAGCUGCGGCCUGCCACCAUGAACAGCGCCUGGAGGAAGCUGUGGCCUGAAUGUGUACCUGUUGGUGCCCCCGAACCUGACACCUUGCCCCAGCUCCGCCGCAGCAUCAUGGCUCUGGCCAGCCACGUGGGUCUUGGUGACUUGGCUGAGGCUGAUGUGGCUUGCCUGUUGCAGGCUCACGGGGAGCCCCCGCCCCACAGCGGUCCCCAGGAUGCCGAGGAUGGGGAUGCUGCCUGCUCUGGGCUACCUUGGGAGGAAGGGAAAGGCCUGUCCUCCAAGAGACCAGGGCAGGAGCUCACAGAGGCCAGGGAAAGUGUGGGGACUGAGGAGACUGGCAUGGGCGCAGUAAGCCACGAGCACCUGGUCAAGGCCCUAUCCCACUUCGCCACUGGUCUGCGGAUCCUUGUAGACAAUGACCCCAACCGAGAGCGCAGUCUGCGGGUAUCUCGGGGUGUCCACAGUGCCCUUGCCCGUCUCCGGGAGCUGCAUCGAGACAAAAGGCGGCAGGCUCAGGUGUCUUCGGCAGCAAGGGAGUUGCCGGGAUGUCUGCCCCCUGCCCCUCAGGAAGAGCCCACAGUGGACACGCUGGUAGCUGAGGCCUCAGGCCCAGGAGCCCACGCUGUGGCUACCCUGCCAGUUGUCUCUGUGGAUUCUGGGUUUGGGGCUGACCUCAGAUGA